CCGAUAUGUCUGAUGCUCCUGAAUGCAGCACGACUCCGCCUACAGGUGGCCACGUGGUUAGACGCGGAAGUAGAGCUUGACCUCAGAGGCAUGAGAAACCAGUGCAUCAGUGUAGUUUUAUAUUAUUUAUUUAUAUUUAAUGUUUGAGAAGCCCAUGCAGUAUCUGUUGUGAUGGAUCCCAAUCUGCUGUACUGGAAGAGCCAGGGUCAGUCUUUCCUCAGCCGAGUGCGGAUCUGGUUCGAUCUGCUCGACCCGUCGCUGCUGCUCUGCUCUGAUGCUCAGAUCCAGGGGGCGCGCUCCCUCAUUGGAGGAGGAGAAGACAGUGAGAAGGUUGCAGCUGCACAGACCCUCGCUCUGUCGUCCGUCCACGCCGACUCUGGAGCCGUUCUUCCUCUGGUUUUCCGUCCACCAGCCUUGAUGCCAGUAGCAGCACCUUUGGUGGUUGCCAGUUUCUUACCUCACAGCAGUGUUAAACCAGCUCUGAUUUGGCAGUUGCUGCUGCAGAGUUACAAUGCUGGGUUCAACUAUGCAAACAGGAAUUCUUCAUCAGAGCAGCAGAGUAAGACGGCGUCUCUGAAGCAGCUUCUGUUGAUCGCUGGAACUGUGUCGUACGCGACGUGUGCAGGGGCUCUUCCUCAAAUUUUCAUCAACCGUCUCGGUGUGAGAAGUGCACCCAUCCAGACGUUCUUCAGGUCCAUAUUACCAAUCCCACUCUCAGCUGCUCUGGCCUUCUUCAGUGUCUCCACCAUCAGAAUUGAGGAGACGGAAACAGGGAUCCAAGUGUUUGAUUCUCAUGGAAGUCCUGUGGGCAUCUCUAAAGCAGCAGGACAAAAGGCUGUGAGGGAAACUGCGUUGUCAAGAGCAGCUCUGUUUGGUACGACCGCUGCUGUUCCUAACCUGCUCAUUUUCCUUCUGAACAGAACGAGACUUUUCCAGAGGAACUCUCUGCUCGUCGCUCCUCUCCGUCACAUCAGCAUCGCAUUGAUUCUGGGCCUGAUGAUCCCAGUGUCGUUCAGUCUCUUUCCACAGCUGGGAACGAUAAAGAAGGAAACGCUGGAGGAGGAACUACAGGCUGCAGCCGCCGACGGACACUUAUUCUAUCACAGAGGACUCUGAGCUGCAGUUACACACAACAGAUACUAAAUUAACCACAAUUAGCUUGACAGCGUUAAAAUAAAUGUCUUGUGCAGCUGAAUAUUUCAUCCAUGCAACAGACGGGACAAUGAAGUACAGCUUUUCCUUAGAUUCAUGUGGAAUAUUCUGUUAAAAAAAACCACAGACGAUCUAUUCUGAUAGUAAAUUUAUUUAGUUAGAAUAUUCAAUGUUUUUAAUCGAUAGGAAAUGUUACAGUUCAUGAAAAUACAUUUUGUUUUCAAACGUACAUAAGCUUUUCUAUGUAUUGCACUCUGUGUCCUAUCUGAAAUACUGAGGCACAAAAACCAUCCUUUCAGCAAUGUGGAAGAAAAUGAUCUCAAGGGUUAGACAACAUCUGUAAUUGUACAUUUAAAAAUAAAAAGGAAUGUGAACAAACA